UAAUGUCCUUCGCUUAACGACACGUUUGUUACCCCCUCGUUUUAACAGUGGAUGGUAUUCAUGAUUCAGGAGUUUUGGCGGUCACCUUUCAACAGGUUCUUGGGUUCGGCGAUUGUUUCCUUAUGCCCGCGGAUGGAGUAUUUUUGUCGCAGUUUGUUUUGAUUUGCCCAAUACUACUGUAUAGAUCUUCAAAUUCUGCAGGCCGUUGGCGUGCAGUCUUACCACUUCUACCUUCGUUCGAUUUUUUUUUUCUUGGGUCUGCUGGUCGAGAAGAAGACGGCCAGAAGACGGCCCCUGGCAGACGCUUGACGUCGCGGGACUGGCCUAGUCGAGGUCGAUUCAACAUUUGUUUUAAUAUCUUCUCAACUGGAUAUAGGGAUGGAUGCACGGAUUUGGAUGAUGUUAUGUGUGGAUACGGGUAGCUAAAAGCUAUUGUAUAUUCGAGAGAUCAAUCUCAACAAUUGACUACUGACUGAUAA